AUGUUUAACAAUUUGUAUGUACCUUAUCAAGGGUAUACUUCCACCAAUGGAAACAACAAUAACAACAACAACAACUCAACCACAACAAAUAACAAUCAAUCCAAUUCAACUGGUCAAACAAGUCCUCAAAACAACAAUGAUACAUCCACCCAUCAUCCUCAUCACCACCAACACCAUCAACAACAACACAAUGUCACCGGUAGUGGUACUGGUACUGGUUCAACUACUCCUCCCACAAGUAUUGCUCCAUCAGUCACUAAUCCAAUGUUAUCAGAACGUGGAAAAAAUAAUAUUAGACCCCAACUUUUACAAACAUCAACUCCAUUCUUUGGUAGAACUACUCAUAGUCCUGUACCUCCAUUAAGUCACCAUUCUGGUACUGGAGGUGGUCGCACUUCUUCUGGAUUGGCAGGUCCUGGAAGUUUAGGCUUACCCCAUCCUAGUAUACACACUAUUCAACCACAACAAUAUGCUCAAUAUCGUCAAUAUUCUCAAACAAGUGGUCAAGGACAGGGGCAAGGACAACUGGGACAACAAAGUCUGCUGCUGCAACAACAACCGAUGUAUGCCAAUCCAGGUGAGAUUCAACAAUUAGAUCCAAGUAAACUUCAAAAUAUUUCGCAGCUGCAUUAUAAUCAGCAACAAACACAACUGUUUUUGCAACAUUUACAAUAUACUCAACAACAACAACAGCAGCAACUGCAACAGGCUCAACUGCAAAAAAAUCAACCUCAACAUAUUCAGCCUCAACAACUUCAACAGAAUUUGCAAUUGCGACAACAACAACAACAAAACCAACUCCAAUUUCAACAAUUCCAACAACAACAGCAGCAGCAGCAGCAACAGCCUCAGCAACAACCUCAAGAGACUCAGCAAGUCCAUCACUCACCCGAAGGCUCUCCUGAACAAUCUACUGGUAAAAAACCAAGAAAACCAAGAAUGACCAAAAAACAAAAACAACAACUUGAAGAACAACAAAAGCUUGCAGAUCAAUUACAACUCCAACUCCAACAACAACAACAACAACAAAAGCAACAGCAACAACAACAGGAUUACAUCAAGAUCCAACAACAAUAUCAUGUAGAUUCAGAAGGCAAAAAAACCAGAGGUCGUCCUAAGAAAUUACUCCUCGAUCCGGAAUCUAAUACAUAUAUAGAUUCAACUCAUCCAAAUUUUAAAUCUUUGAAUAAGGUGGUUAAGCUGAUGGAAAAUGGGGAACUUAAACAGAGUCAAAAAGAAUAUAAACAACAAUUAAAACAACAGAAGAAACAAGCACAACAGCAGGUUCUCGAACAACAACAGGUACAACAACCUAAAAAGAGAGGCAGAAAACCAAAUAAUCCAAAUCUUAAUCAGAAUAAUAAUAAUGAUGGGAAUAAUGGGAUUCCUGCAGGAUUGUCGAAAUUAUUUGAACAACCCCCCUCAAUGAGAAAUUUGGGUGAUGAGGCAGUACAACAAUUGUUGAAGAAGAAGGAUAGGAGGGGGAGACCGAGGAAAUUCCCGGUGGAAGAGACGGGGGUGACUAUUAAGGGGAUUAGAAUUAAUGGGAAUCGGAUUAGUAAGAAGUAA